AUGCCUUCGCUCUCGUCGCUCGUGGCGCUGACGGCGUCGCUGGUCUCGCUCGCUGCAGCGGCUGCACCGCGUCUUCCACUGCCUCCGCGCCCCCCUUUGCCUCCUCGCGACCCUCUGCACGGGCCGACAAAUGCGAGCGCGACCUUCCAGCAGCUCAUCGACCAUAACCAUCCCGAAUUGGGCACCUUUUCCCAGCGGUACUGGUGGAAUGACGAGUUUUGGAAGGGUCCGGGGUCUCCGGUCGUCCUGUUCACCCCCGGAGAGGAGGACGCUUCGGGAUACGUGGGUUACUUGAAGAAUACGACGAUAACCGGCCUGAUUGCGCAGACGAUAGGAGGGGCCGUCAUCGUUCUUGAACACCGGUACUGGGGUCAAUCGUCGCCAUACGAUUCCCUCACAACGAAGAAUCUGCAGUACCUCACCCUCAAACAGUCGAUUGCGGACCUGACCUACUUUGCAAAGACGGUCAAGCUGCCAUUUGACCGGAACGGCAGCAGCAACGCCGACAAAGCGCCCUGGGUUCUGUCUGGUGGAUCGUACAGCGGCGCCUUGUCCGCGUGGACGGCGUCGACGUCCCCUGGGACAUUCUGGGCCUACCACGCGUCUAGCGCACCGGUAGAGGCGAUCUACGAUUACUGGCAAUACUUUGCUCCGGUGCAGGACGGCCUACCGGCCAACUGCAGCAAGGAUCUCUCCCGGGUCGUCGACUACAUCGACAGCGUUCUCCAGUCCGGCAAUGCGACAGCCAAGCAGCAGCUGAAAGACCUGUUCGGACUGGGGGCACUGGAGCAUGACGAUGAUUUCGCUUCGGCCCUCGAGAACGGACCGUGGCUGUGGCAAUCCAACAGCUUCUACGACCCCUAUCCGCCAGUCUACGAAUUCUGCGACUAUGUCGAGAAUGCAUAUGCAUCGCCGCCGGUGGCUGCAGGACCGGACGGCGUCGGGCUGGAGAAAGCGCUGAGCGGGUAUGCGACGUGGUGGAACAAGGUCUUCUUCCCAGGAUAUUGCGCCACGUAUGGCUACUGGAGCAGCAAUGACAGCAUCGCGUGUUUCGACACGUACAACCAGUCCAGCCCAAUGUUUACCGACCUGUCUGUGUCCAACACAAUCAACCGGCAGUGGAACUGGUUUUGUGCAACGAGCCUUUCUUCUACUGGCAGGAGGCGCGCCCAAAAACGUGCCAUCCAUAGUGUCGCGCCUCGUGACGGCGGAAUACUGGCAGCGCCAGUGCCCGCUCUUCUUCCCGGAGGAAGACGGCUACACGUACGGCAGCGCCAAGGGCAAGACGGCGGCCGACGUGAAUGCGUGGACGAAGGGAUGGUUCCUGACCAACACGACGCGGCUGAUCUGGACGAACGGGAACUCGACCCUUGGCGCAGCGCGGGCGUGUCGUCCAAGUUCCGCCCCGGCGGGCCCUUGCAAUCCACACCGCAGGCGCCGCUGCAGUUGAUCCCGGAGGGAGUUCACUGCUACGACCUGAUUCUGAAGAACGCGGAGGCGAACGCGGGCGUGCAGAGGGUCGUCACCAACGAGGUGGCGCAGAUCAAGGCAUGGGUGAAUGAAUAUUACCGGAAGUAG